AUGGCAGGCGUCAAGUGUCUCUUGGUGUUGGCGGCGCUCGCCCUCGCCUCUGCGUCGGCACGUCCCUCCACAGAGUGUAGCUGCGAUGGCUGUCUUUACCCAAGCAUGAGCGAUUGUUCUGCCUACUGGGAAUGCCAGGGCGGACGCGCCGUGGAGCACCGCUGCGGCGCCGGGUACCGCUUCAACCCCGACACCUCCCGCUGCGAGCACGCCAUCAGGGUGGAGUGCUCGACGUCCGUGCGCCUGAUGGGCGACUUCGCCUCCGAGACGUGUGUGGACCGGCGCGUGAGCUGCCCAGUCUACGCCGCCGCUGGAGGCUGCGAAUGCCGCGGCGACGACUGCGACUGGCCGGCCUACGUCGUCAGCUCGUGCCCGAAGUCGUGCGACAUGUGCGGCGCGCAGAGCAAAUUCAAGCCGUGGUGGAUCGACUCGAGUGAAGAUUCCAGCGAGGAGGGUGGCUGGAAGCCCUGGUGGAAGGACUCCAGCGAGGAAGGCGGCUGGAAACCCUGGUGGAAGGACUCCAGCGAGGAGAACGGCUCCAGCGAAGGAAACGGCAGCGGAGAGAACGGGUCCAGUGAAGAAACAGAAGCUCCUCCCCCACCCACAGCCGCCCCAACAACUAGGCCUCCUCCCCCACCCACAGCCGCCCCCACAGAGGAACCCUCCAAGCCCGGCAACUGCGGCGUCGACUGUUCCCAGGGGCAGUACCACCCACAUCCCAGCGACUGUCACAUGUUCAUCCAGUGCACCCCGUACGGCCCCCAGGAGAUGCCCUGCGCCCCGGGAACCGUGUGGGACCAGGACCUCUUGACCUGCAACCACGAGGCCACGACCCCCUGUGUCAUCGCCGACCCCUGUGUCAAAAGUCAUGACAAGCAGUGCCGCAGAGGAGACGGAAGAUAUGCCGUCGAAGGAAAGAAGACCGAAUAUUACCUCUGCCACUCCGGAGUAUCCUUCCUCCUUCGCUGUCCCGAUGAAGGAACCUUUAAUCCUCAUACUACAUCCUGUGUCUAUAAGGACCGCACUGCCAUCGGGAAGGUAGUCGCUUAGAGAGAGAGAACGGUUGUAGGUCGCGUAAGAACAUGUGUAGGUGUUAAAUAAAGUGUAAUUU